UACACCUGGAGUGUAAGACUUACUGCAUAUCCAAAUGAAAGAAGUAGGGCUAUAUAAUGAAAAGCUCAAGAGAGGAAAGCAGAAAGCAAAGAUUCAAGCAAGACGAGAAUAAAGAAACCAGUUAAAAUGAUGGCUGAAGGAUCUAGACUAUACUUUGCAGUGACCGUCCUGAUGUGUGCGUUUGUCUCAAUCAACGGUGUCGGUCUGAAUGAUUUACUGGAAAGAGCCUCUCAACUUUCAGACAAACUUCACUCCCUCAGCACCUCUCUCACCAAUGACCUGGAUUCUCACUUUCCUCCUGUUGGGAGGGUAAUGAUGCCCCGUCCGUCGAUGUGCCACACAUCCUCCCUUCAAAUUCCCAAUGACAAAGACCAAGCCCUGAAAGUGCCGGAGGAUGAGUUGCUUUCUUUGGCUCGGUCUCUGCUCCUGGCGUGGUCCGAUCCCCUCGCCCUCCUCUCCUCUGAGGCGUCCAGCCUGGCACAUCCAGAACGCAACACCAUUAACAGCAAGACCAAAGAACUGCAAGAAAACAUCAACAGCCUGGGUGCAGGUCUGGAGCAUGUCGUUCACAAGAUGGGCUCAUCCUCAGACAACCUGUCCUCUCUCCCUUUUUACAGCAACAGCCUUGGCCAGGAUAAAACCUCUCGACUUGUCAAUUUCCAUUUUCUGUUGUCCUGCUUCCGCAGGGACUCCCACAAAAUUGACAGUUUCCUCAAAGUUCUGCGCUGCCGGGCAGCCAAGAAGAGACCUGAGAUGUGCUAGAGUGAAAAUGCUACUCUGCUUCUCUCAUUGUGGAUGUUAAGUUAAAAUGGCAGAGCAGUGAGUGAUUUAAAAUGUUUCUUUAUAAUACCGCAUGGCAAAAUAUGCCCCUUAUUGUUUCAAAGAUGUAGAUAUUUGAUUCACUUUCUUAUAUAUUUGAAUAAAUAACUGGACCAACGGGCCAUAUUACUCUGUCCCCAGAGUUAAAAGACAACAAAAAGUAAACAAAAGUAUUUCAAUUAAAUUUUAAAAUUGAAGGUCUGCAUGCAGUCAUACUGUUUGAUGAAUAAGUGCACAGAGUAUAUUAAAAUGUUUGACCAUGCUCAGUUUGAUAAGACAUUUGUAUAGUAAGUAUUUAUUAAGAAACGAUGUUGGAUCUUUAACACGUUUAUUUUAACAUUAUCUUCUGAAAUGCAAUAUUUAAAGCUUUGCACCAAUGUCAAUAAAUUUCUAUCAAGCAAAUUUA